GCCCAAAUAUUUCUAGUAUAGUCAUGUCUUAUACUAGCAUCAUACUAGUAUCAAACAAUCUUAUAUAUAACCCAGUACCUACAGAAGAGUUUAAUACCAUAGUAGUAGUUGCUUUCACAGAAAAAACCUCAUCUACCAACAACAAUACUCUUCUAUUAAACAACCCAAUACCUAUAGAUACUAAUGAAUACUCUAAUGA